CAAUCCCGCCCCGGGCCCGGGCCUCACCCAGCGCCCGCCGCCCGCCCCGGGCCCCGCCCCGUGACUCGUCAGCGCGGGGCGCCGCGCGCAGUUCCCGCUGGACGCGCCCGGUCGCUGCUGCUGCUGCGGCCCCGUUCUCGUCCCGCCGGCAGCAUGUCAGCCAACGUCCCUGGGAGCUCAAACAUGGCUGCUAGCAGCAACCGCCGGCUUCAGCAAACUCAGCACCAAGUAGAUGAGGUUGUUGACAUCAUGAGAGUGAACGUGGACAAGGUGUUGGAGCGAGACCAGAAGCUCUCAGAGCUGGAUGACCGCGCUGAUGCCCUGCAAGCAGGGGCUUCCCAGUUUGAGACCAGCGCCGCCAAGCUGAAGAGGAAAUACUGGUGGAAGAACUGCAAGAUGUGGGCAAUAUUGAUAGCUGUUGUUGUCAUUAUCAUCAUCAUCAUUAUUGUCUGGAGUACCUAUUCAUGAGUUACAAGAAGAAACUCAGUUCAACCGAAGGUGCCUUUGAGAAUCUUCUUCAGCCUCUCCACUCCAGCCUGCUGCCUUCUCAGCCCAUUUACUGAUGUUUAAAGCAAAACUAUUUUGAUUACCGAGAUGUUAACUAACUUUACUGGUCGCCUUAAGACACUCCUGUCAUUAAUUACUAACCAGCCCGGCUCACCACUCCCACAGUGCCUCAAUGACCCGGGGCGGGCCACGCCCGGCCCGGCCACGCCCCUCGCCCGGCCACGCCCCUGGGCGGGGCCUGCCCCGCACGUGGCGGCGGGGGCAUGCGCGCGCACGGGGGCCGCGUGCGGCGCCGCGUGAGGGGCGGGGCGGCGCCCCCGCCCGGGCGGGCCCCGCCCCCCGCGCGCGGUCUCCUCCAAUAAAGCGGCUCCGACCCCG